AUGAAGGCAAAGGACUACACAUUUGAGAAAAUCAAGGCACAAAUAUAUGGCAGCAAAAGACCAAGGCAAUCAAGAACAAGGAAUUCGAUAAGGUUUUAUCACUGCGCGCGUUGCCAACGGCGGCUCCUCAACGGUGCUCCACCGCCCGCCGCCCGCCGCCCGCCGCCCGCCGCCCGGGCCCUAAAUCCUCUCUCCGCUCCAGCGGCGGCAAAACAGCUGGGCCGACGCUCUCAAUCACCCCGUACCCCUCCCUCCCCUUACCUCCGCAUCUCUGUUUGUGCGAGUGAUGAAUCUUAUGUUUCUUGCUCCUCCGGAUUUACCGCUCGCAGGCUGUUCGACGGAAUGCCGAAGAGCAGCAAGGCAUCAAGAGCGGGUGGCGCCGACCGCAUCAGCGCCCUGCCGGAUGCGAUGCUGCAGCACGUGCUGUCCUUCUUGCAGGCGCGGGAAGCCGUGCGGUCGUGCGUGCUCGCCCGGCGCUGGCGCUACCUCUGGAAGUCCAUUCCCGUGCUUCGUCUCACCGGACGUAGCCCCGCCAAGGAGUUCCGUGAGUUCAUGGACUAUCUGCUAGUCCUCCGCGACCGCUUGUCUCUGGAUGCCUGCCUAUUCAACUUUAGUAAAGCCUCAAGAGGCGACAUGCACUGCGUGAACCUGUGGAUUCGGUAUGCCUUGCUGUGCCAAGUCCGUUUGCUCAGUGUUGCUUUGGGUGGUGGCCUUUAUUGUUUCCACCUGGAUCUUCUGCCUCUAGUAUCUCAGAACUUGACCAACCUGGAGCUUGUUAACGUGCACAUAAAUAAAAAGCUCCUUUGUUUCUCGAGCUGCCCGUCCUUGGAGGAGUUGAAGAUGACUAAGUGCUUCUUUCUCGUUGAAGAGAUCUUUUCCCGUUCCCUCAAACGUCUGAGCAUUGAGAAAUGCAGGUUUUAUGAGGGACGGGUACGUAUUUCUGUUCCGAGUCUCACUUCACUUCAACUAACUGAUGCCGGUGGUAAAACUCCUUUUCUUGAAGACAUGCCAGCAUUAGUAACAGCAACAGUUAGAUUUACUCAAAAGGGACUAUGUAAGUGUAAUGUGCACAUCCUCCCCUCUCCCCUGGUCGUCCCCCGCGGCGGCCCAAGGGGAGAAAACCCUAGCGCCGCCCACCCGCUCCCCCUCUCCCCUCCCUCCCCUGCCGCCGCCAGCGUGUGCCGCCGGGCAAAGCCCGCGCGGUGCCGGCGGGCGGCGGGCCUUCCUACCCGGCGCGUGGCGGGCCGUGCGGGGCGGCGCCGAUCCAUGGCGGCGGUGCAUCUCGGCGGAGGUCGGCGGGGCCUGGCGCGGCGGCGGCCGGCGAGCCGCGUCGGGGCGUCCUCUCGCACAUGGAGGCGGCGGUGGUGGCCGCUGCAGCUGCGCGUGGUGGCUGUGGUGGUGCGUGGCGGCCGGGCUCGAUCCGGGCCUCGUGCGGGCCGGCACGGGCCGCGGCUCGGGCGUGGUGGCGGCGCGAGGAGCUCUGUCUCCGGCGUGCUGCGUGGGUGCAGCUGCGGUGGUGGUUGGCCGGCAAGGGUGGCUUCCUACCUCGAGCUCUUGAUGGCCGCCGGUGAGGCCGGUGGUGGCCGGCACUCCCUCUUCGGCGACGGUGAGGCCGGUGUGGCUUCUUGCCUUUCGGUGGCGGUCCAAGCCAGCAUCUGCAUCUACGUCCAUCGUCUCCGGUUCGCCGCCGGCGGCAUCGGGAGUACGGUGAAGGACCAGGGUGAAAGCCCCGCCCGGUGCUCCGGUGCGGAUCACGGCGACGCCCGAGGGCGCCGCUUCCUUCCUGAAGGCGUGAUCUUUGGUCCCAACUGGCUUGGGGCUUCGAGGCGCUAUGUACGACGUGGUGGAUGCAACCUGGUCAGCUGCUUCUCCAAGUCCGAAGGAUCCUGCCUUCUCCUCGCCGACUCUUCUAGGCUCAUGAGGGGAGUUAGAUUUACUUCUGCUUGUUCGGAAACUCGUGCUAUAAGUGCAAUGAUUGCAAAUGAGGCUUGUGGUGACACUUCUUGUGAGUGUUGCAACAGAGCUAUUGCUGGUGAGCCCAAGGUUUGUUAUGAUGCUUCUUGCGAGUGUUGUUACGGCUAUGAUGACAGCAAAGAAGGUUGUGUGUUUCUCAAAGGUCUGUCAGCUGCUACAGAUCUCAAGUUGAUUGCUGAAAUGGAAUUGAUUAUCCUCGAAAGGGAUUUGAGACGAUGCCCUAGAUUUAGUAAACUGAAGACUUUAUCACUCAAUGAGUGGUGUGUGUCUGGUGGCCACAGUGCACUAAUUUGUAUUCUCCAACACACUCCGGUUCUAGAGAAUCUCUCUCUCCAGCUUUCGAAGGCACCUGAUUAUAUAAAACCAGUGAAAGCAACUUACAAUUUAUUGGAGCACUCAUUUGCAUCAGAAAACCUAAAGAUAGUUGAAGUCACAUGUGAAGAGGUUGAUGAGAGAGUUCACAACAUUAUGAAGUCAUUAUGCACCUGUGGCAUACCUCUUGAGAAAAUUAAUAUCCGGCAAACAAAUAAAUCAUCUGGCUGUUUUAAUUUCGUCUGCACAGGCUUCAGCUCACCGUGAUGUUGCAAGAAUGAGUAUGAACUUAGUAAUAUGAUCUGUUUUAGAUGUAUCAAGGCCUGGUUCUGGUGUAUCUCGGCUCAACUGAUGUAGUUGGACCUGGUUUAGUGAGUUAUUUCUAUGUUAGUUUGUUGAUUGCUUAGCAGAUGACAUUUGUCUUGCGUUCUAUGGAUCUUUUUGGGAAUGUCAAUGUACUACUAUGUUGUGUGGUCAUAUUUUCAUGAAAUGCAUAGGAGGUUUAAUUCUA